GUGUGUAUGCAACAUUGACUGUUCUCAAACCAACUUCAACCCCCUCUGCGCUUCCGACGGGAAAUCUUAUGAUAAUGCGUGUCAAAUCAAAGAAGCAUCAUGUCAGAAACAGGAGAAAAUUGAAGUCAUGUCUCUGGGUCGAUGUCAAGACAACACAACUACAACCACUAAAUCUGAAGAUGGGCAUUAUGCAAGAACAGAUUAUGCAGAGAAUGCUAACAAAUUAGAAGAAAGUGCCAGAGAACACCACAUACCUUGUCCAGAACAUUACAAUGGCUUCUGCAUGCACGGGAAAUGUGAACACUCCAUCAAUAUGCAAGAGCCAUCUUGCAGAUGUGAUGCUGGUUAUACUGGCCAACACUGUGAAAAAAAGGACUACAGUGUUCUCUACGUUGUUCCUGGCCCUGUGCGAUUUCAGUAUGUCUUGAUUGCAGCUGUCAUUGGAACGAUUCAGAUUGCUGUCAUAUGUGUGGUGGUCCUCUGCAUCACAAGGAAAUGCCCCAGAAGCAACAGAAUUCACAGACAGAAGCAAAAUACAGGGCACUACAGUUCAGACAACACAACAAGAGCAUCCACAAGGUUAAUCUAGAGGGAGCAUGUUUCCCAGUGGCCGGACAACCGACAGCUUGGACUACACAAUACAGUAUUAGAGACAAAAGAGUAAGACGAGAUCUACACAUGUUGCCUUGCGUUUGUGGUAAUCUACACCAAUGAAAACAUGUACUACAGCUAUAUUUGAUUAUGUAUGGAUAUAUUUGAAAUAGUAUACAUUGUCUUGAUGUUUUUUCUGUAAUGUAAAUAAACUAUUUAUAUCACACAAUA